AACAAACAGCAACAGGAGAAUGGUCUGCCGCUAUGUUUCCACAUGAGCCUUCCACUCCAGCACCGGCCCAGAAGUGCCUCCCAGAUCAAGAAUGCUUUUCCGGCUCUAUUUGAACUGAGUUCUCUGAAGGUUGGGAUUCGAAACUGCAGAGUCAAUCGCUCAGACACACGCAAGCGGCACGAACAGAAUGCCCCCCCCCUCCGCCGGGUGCGGGACGGUGGAAGAGUGUCACUCGGCUGGUUCAGGUUCAUCUCCCGGUUAGCUGUUUCCUAACCCGCUGGCGGCUUGAGUUUUCUUGUGCUGAACGCACCCUGACCUGCCAGGCUUGGAUUCAAGGCACGACACCCCGCACUCCCGCUCAAGAAAGGAAUUUUCGGAGAAAGAUAGCGGCGGUCUUUGGAAGACACGGGCAUUGAACCAUUUGGGAAGCUUGUAAACGCCAAGUCCGAAAUUCUCAAAUAAAGGGAAUUAGAUGCUGCUGAUGAGCAAGAUGUCAAUUCUGCUGAGAAUAUGGAUGACACUGAAGACAAUGAGGAAUUCCUAGAGAAGCUCAUAUCCAUUACCUCGAAGAGUUUACCGAAACUGGAGGUAGAGGAGAGAUACAACAUAACCAGAGAGCUAGGGAGUGGCUCCUAUGGUCAUGUGCUACAGGUUCAGCAUCGUGAGAGAGGAACCUCAAUGGCUUUGAAACUGAUGUCCAAAGAACACACAGGGAGAAGGGAGUUCUUGUGGGAAUAUUGUGUUGCUCUCUGCCUCUCUUCACACCCUACACUUCUUCGAACCAUUGGCAGUGCUUUUGAAUCAUCUACUCAUUAUGGAUUUGCACAGGAGCUAGCACCGGCUGGAGAUCUCUGCAGCAUCCUGAACUCAGGGGAGGGACUUCCUGAGGUGCAAGUGAAACGGUGUGCAGCCCAGUUGGCUGAUGCCCUGGAUUUCAUGCAUGGCAAAGCCCUGGUACACCGGGACAUAAAACUAGAUAAUGUGCUGCUUUUUGACCAAGAAUGCCAGCAGCUGAAAUUAGGUGACUUUGGCCUGACACGACUGGAAGGCACCUGCAUAUCUGCUAUGUCUGCUGUCUUGCCAUAUUCCCCACCAGAACUGUGCCUGCUAGAGAGGACAGAGUCUCUAGCUCUGGACUCAAGCCUUGAUAUUUGGGCCUUUGGAGUGCUGCUCUUCUGUAUUUGUACUGGCUGCAUCCCUUGGGAUAUGGCAAUGAGCCCUGAUCCUAAGUUUGAGGAAUUUAGCAUCUGGCAAAAUCGCACAAUACCAGGUGAGGCUCCAGGCCUGUGGAAAGUUUUCACAGCUCCUGCCUUGCGUAUGUUCUGCCGCAUCAUGGCUCUUGACCCUAACCGUCGUAGCCCUGCUAUUGAAGUGAACAAAUACUUGCAUUUGCCUUGGCGAAUGGGUACUUCUGAAAAGAUUCAGGAUGAUUUGUUGAAGACAAUUAGUUCUGAGGCCUGCCUUAAGGGACCUAGUGAGGACAAUACUGAACUGGGCAGAAACCUCAAGGAGAAUUGCCUCCAGCAAAUGCAACCUGAAGUCAUUGCCCCAGAGAAAACUCAUACCAUACAGAUGGGUCCUAAUCCUGGAAGCAAUCCCAGUCCACAUGAAGGUUCAAGGCUAAAUGGACCUGGGCUUGAGCCCUGAAGAAAAUAUCAGCUCUGAAAAUAAUGGCUCCUUUCAUCAGGGAAAGACAAGAAGCUGUCUUACCUUAUUCCUAUCAAGGAAGAGUAGAACUAGUCACUCCGUAGGGAGAUUUUCAGAAUAGGAAUGCUCAGUUCUAUAGUAUCAAUGUAGCAUCAUGAUACCUAGAAACAGUUCUAGAGAAUUUUUUUUCUGGAAUAGCCAUCCUUUUUUCCUUGUUUUUUUAUGGUACAUCCAGAUAAUGCAACAAAAAGAAAUCAUUGCGAUUCAGUAUUUCUAGCUUUAUCCUCUCAUGGAUUUUUUUUUUAAUAUCAGAUUUUAAAGACGGUGCAGUAGCCUAUCUAGUUCUGACUUCUCAGGAUGAUAUUCUUUUAAUAUCUUCCACUUUGCAGUCUAUGCAUUUUUCUUGCAUUAAUUAUGCAUUGUUUAAUUAUAUAACAUUAUAUAAAAACUGUUUGCAUUAAUGCAUUAAUUCCUGGAUGGGAAUUAAUGAUCAAUAGAUUGUAAAAAAUAUUAAUAGCUUCCUGAAUUUUCUGAAAUUGGAAACUUUUCAUUAAUGUUUUCCUUGAAUUCUAUUUACUUUUUUUCUUUUCUUUUUAAAGAAGAAUUAGGCUCCUUAAAAGUUUUUUUUCUAAUAGUUGAAAAGAACAUAUCCACAAUUCAAGUUUCUGUCACAGGAAUAGACAGUAUAAAUGCAGCAGUUCAGGGAAGAUAAUAUAAUAGUCUUUCAUCACAAAUGGCAAGUGAAACUAACAGCCUACAGUAAGAAUUAAUCUGUAACCUAUCAAUUAACUUUUAAUUGAGUUUUAAAUAACUUUUGCUCAAUUAGAUUAAUAAGUAAAUAUAAAUGGAUCUUUUGCACAGGGAAAGGGUAUUUGUACACUCUAUUGACACUUUAUUUGCAUGAAUUUUUUACAUUAUUUCUGCAUGAAACAAUUCACAAGGAAGUAAUAUUUUUGCCGUGUCAAAGGGUUCUAAUAUGGAAUCAUAUAAAGUCUCAUGUUUUACAUCUGUAACAAUGGUCUAAUCAUUGAACCAAAAAGGGUAGAUAAUCUUUGGGAAGUAUGAUAUCCUGAAGUAAUGAGUUACAUAGAUAUACUAUGUUUGUUUAUUUGAUUGUAUCAUUGAAUUUCUAUAAUAAAUUAUCACAAAAGCUAGCUUGGAAGAGCUGGAUGUCAUGGGGUUCCAAAUUGAGAAAUUCUUGCAGAGGGAACAUAAUUCCUAUCCUAGAUUAGGGGUGAAAUGCUCCCGGUUUGGACCGGCUUGGGCAAGUAGGUAGCGAUGGCGGUGGGCAGUUCGGAGAACCGGUAGCAAAAAUCCCUGCCCCCAUCCCCCCAUGCCCAGCUGAGCCGCGUGAUCAUCAGAGCCUUUUUUUUCUUUUAAAUGGCUCUGACGAUCCAAGCUCUGACGAUCUCAGCUGAGUUGCCUGCUAAUCAGUAGCAAAAAUCCCUCCCCCUCCCCCCCUCAGCUUGCUUACCUUAGCUGCUGGUCGCAACGCCUUGCUGUAAUCCCUGCAAUCCAUUACAUCAGCAAGCAACUGAAUCUCCCUGCCUGCAAUCAAGCAGGCAGGGAGUUGUGGACUUCAACUCCCAGAAUUCCUCAGCCAGCAAAGCAAAGCUGGCUGAGGAAUUCUGGGAGCUGAAGUCUACAAGUCUUAAAGUUGCCAAGGUUGGAGACCCCUGUUCUAUUGGGUAAGUUUUUUUUCCCUUUGGGAGCUUUAAAAAAAUAGCUAAUUGGGGUUUUUUUUAGUUGUUCUUUUUUUAGACCUAGCCAUUUAAAGUUUAGGAAGUUUUAAAUUUAGCUGCUUUUAUAUAAAAAUAAAAUAAAAUAAAAUAAUAUUUGUGCAGCUUUCUGAGAUUUAGUGUGUUUCUGUAGUGUUUCACUCUAACUACACAAACACACAAAAUCUCACAAAGCUGUAUGUGGAAUUUUGUGUGUGUAAAGUUGAAAGUUGGUUUUUUGGGCUUUUUGUGGCUGUGUGAGGUUCCUGCUUGUUGCAGGGGCCAUUUUGGGUCUAGCACAGCUGCUUUUACAUUCUGGGUGAGCCAGUUGUGUUGUGUUGUGUUUUGUAGGUUAAAAAAGGGCAAAGAAGUGACUUUGACUUAGCCCCGCCCGCCUGACCAACAAGCCAUGCCUUCCCAGUCACCUUACCACCAAGCCCCACUCACUAAUUAAGCCACGCCCACAGAACCAGUAGCAAAAAAAUUUAGAUUUCACCCCUGUCCUAGACCCUAGAGUUUUUGAAUGAGAUGGUGACAGUUGUGGAAACAGGUAUUCAAUUAUCUUACUAGGAGCUCUCUUUGGGAAAAAAUGAGAUCUCAAUUAGCAAAAAAAAUAAUUUCAGACUAUUUUGCCUCCCCUUAUAUUAGAAUUCUAUUUGCAUCUGUUUGAAUUCCCUUAGUUAGUCUGAUGUAGAUUUUUUUUUCUACACACUUUCCUGACUGACAACUUUGGUUCCUAUCCCAUUCCCAAUUAUUUUUCAUAUUUAUUAUUUUGCAAUUCCUAACAAAAAUGUUGUUUGAAUGAUUUUAGCCUGCUGCGCUAUUGGUGAAAUACAGUCAGAAAUUUGCAAUAAAACUUCUAAGGUGCAAUCAAACAAUCAAAAAUUAAAAGUAACAUUAAAAAAUACUCUCAAAAUA